AGAUUCUAUCAACUGUAUCUGUGGGAGUCAGAAGCUAUUUCCCCCACCCUACAACCGUUGUGGGGGACCUUAUGUAUAUAUCUUGAUGUAAACUGAUACUAAGUUUGGGUACUAGUGAGUCUAAGAAUAAGGCCUGGCAAAAUCUGAAAGGGUAAGAAGGAGAAGGACAAGUGAGACCAGUAGCCUCAAUUAUGAAGAAGAUCUUGGUUCAUGGAGUUAAAGAAAAGACACCAUUGGGUUUCUGCGAUGUCCCAAGGAAAAACCUGUUGGACUUUUUACGUGAUAUGAAAAGUAUUUCUGUCCCAAAUGAACCGAGAUACAAACCUCUCAGAAAGAUCCACCAGGCUGCAAGCGACGGUGAUACAGAGAGACUACAGAGAAUGAUAAGUCUUGGGAAACACAGUGUGCAUGACAGAGACUUUAAGGAAAGGACUGCCCUGCAUUUUGCCUGUGCCUGUGGCCAGGUGGAAGUAGUAAGUAUUCUAUUGAGAAAUAACUGUGAUAUUGACGCUGCUGACAUGAACUUCAUCACGCCUCUGAUGAAGGCUGUUCAAAACUGGACAUAUGAAUGUGUGUGCAUAUUAUUGAAGCAUGGUGCUGAUCCAAACCGAAAGGACAAAAAUGGCAAUACUUCUCUUCACUACGCUGUGUCAGAAGAUAACCAGACACUCGCCAAAUGCUUGCUUAAGUACAGUGCAAACAUGGAACAAAAGAACAAGGAUGGCUUUACACCACUUUUACUGGCUCUCAAGGAAAACAAAAUAGAGAUGGCAAAGUUUUUAGUAAAGAUGGGGGCAAAUAUACAUGUAUUUGAUGACAUGAGAAGAAACACACUCUUAUAUGCCAUAAGAUGGGACUCAAAAGAUAUGGUCAACCUACUUUUGGAUGAAGGCAUUGACUUUUUCUUUAGAGAUGUAUUUGGGUGGACUGCAUUACGGUAUGCUAUUGAAGGCACAAGUAAAGGUAGUCGAGAGAUUCUUAUGAACUAUGAUGAAAUGUUACGUAGAAAAAAUAAAGAUGGCAUUCCAGAAUACAAGUUUUUUGAAGACAAGUCAUUAGACAAGCAUCCCAAUAACCCUACUUCUGGAUCUACCUUUCCUAAAUCAAAUGAGAAUGCAUGCAAGUUUGAUGAUGAGCUGGAUAUUUCUAAGUAUGUUCUUGGUACGUGUCCUAAUAAUAUACAUGGGGCUGGAGAGGAAGGAGACAAAAGUGAAACAAAAAAAGCAGCAGAUGUUCAAGUUUGGACGAAUCCUACCUUGAAGUCUUCCACUAAAGGGAAAGUGCCCAAUCUGAAUGAAGUAGGAACAAUGACAGAAUCACAUCAUUUCAUAAAAGAAUCAGACUUAGAAAUUGAGUCACUGGUGGAAACAUUUUCAUAUGACAAUGAAGACAAACAGUCAAUGAGUGAUGAUGGACAUUUUUCUGGAACAACACCCAAAUGGUGUCAAAAUGAUACAAAUAGAAAAACUACAGUUCAAGACUGCAUGUAUCCUAACUUGAAGUCUCCCACUGAGGGGAAAAUACCUACCCGCAGUAAAGCAGGAAAAAUGGCGGAAUCAGCUCAUUUCAUAAUAGAAUCAGAUUUGGAAAUUGAAUCUCUGGAAGAAACUGUGUCAUGUGACAGUGAAGAUAAACAACUACUGUAUCUUCCACAAAUAGAUGAUAGCCAUUUUUCUGAAGCAGCAAAUGAAGAACCAGAAAAUAAUUUAGAGAGACAAAUGAAAGAAUCUGCAAAGAAAUAUCCAUACCUGAAGAUAGCCAAUGAAAUGAAUGACCUCAGUCCAAAUACAUAUUCGGAAAGCAAGGAUGAAGAAACAUUAACCUCAGAACUAACUAUAUCAUCUACAUCAGAAGAACAAAAAUGUCCUUAUGCCAGAGGAAAAGCACAAUCAAUGCAAACCGGACCAAUGGAUAUUGUUUAUUUAGUCACUGUCAAUAAUCAAAGAGAGGAAAAUAUGGGAAUUAGUCAAGAGAAAGACUCUCCUGAGGAAAAACAUGAACAUCAGUGUAGCACUGAAAAGACAUAUUCCAUUGCACAAGAAGAAUCAGACACAAAUCAGGAGGACUCAUCGCAUGCAGAACAAGUUUUUGAACUGACAUCACAAGAGAAGCAAAAAAAGGAAGACAAUGACAACAAGCAGUGCUUUAACAUCUUUAAGCGACUUCGACCAAAGCGAAUUGGUUCUUUAUUCAUGACUAGAGAUAAAAAUGAAGAUAAUACAAUAACAUCUGAAAAGAAAGAGAUUCCUAAAGAAUAUUUUCAACUGAAGACUACCACUGAAGAUGGAGAGUCUAUGCCAAAUGAUUCACCAGCAAAGAAGAAUACCAAGUCAUUACAAACAGAAUCAGUCGUAAUGUUCAUACCUGAGAAGGGACAAAAGUGUAAAUUAGACAGUGAAAAGAAGAACCAAUGGCAUAUGUUUAAGCGAUCCCAACCAAAAACGACUUCAUACUUAUCUGUGACAGAAGGUCAAAGUGAUGAAAGUACAAUAAAUGGCCAAGGGAAAGGUUCAAUUAAUUAUAUGGAUUCACAACAAGAACUGGAUAUAAAGUCAGAAUUAGAGGAAGAACCAAAAAGCCAUGGUAAUGGUGAGAAAUCACAGCAUGAGCACAUGUUUAAGCUGCCUUGGCCGAAGAGUGUUACACGUGAAUACUUUGAUUCUCCUGAACAAUAUUCUGAAUGUAAGGCUACCAAUGAAAGGAAAGAAUAUGAUUCAGAUAGUAAUUCAUCAGUGAUGGAUGUAAAAACUUCCUGUGUAGAAUCAAAUUUAAAAAUAGAAACAAAGGAAAAUCUUGAUGGCAAUGAAACUAGUCAACCACCUUUAUCAUUAGGAUUAACUGCAACAUCAACAGAUAUUCUAAAUGAAGGAGGGAAAGGUUUUCAAAAGACAUUUCUUGAAUUGAAGCCUCCCAUGGAAAUGAAAGAUUCUGACUCAACAGAGGCCUCAGCCAUGAUGCAUAGACAAGGAUUCCUAGCAGAUGUAGUAGACAUAAAACUGGACACAGAGAACCAGGAUUAUCCUGAUAGCCGAGAAAAUACUCUGUCAUCUAACACCAUUACAUCUCUUCAGUCUAAGUGCACUCCUCAUUUAUCAGUUGGAAUAACUUCAAGAUCCACAAGUCUUCUAACUGAAGGAGAGAAAGAUUUCCAUAAGAAAAAUCCUGACUGGAAGCCUACCCAGUAUCUGCCUGGAAGUAAAGCUCUAGCUUCAUCGGAAGUAUCAAUGCUGAAGCACAAACAAGAAUUUCCACCAGAAGGAUACUUACAAAUGAAAACAGAGGAAAGUCAGAAAAACCUUGACAGGAAUGAAAACAUGCAAUCAUCUAAUGCUGUUAUACAGCCGAACCAAAUUCUUCAUUUACAAAUAGGACUGAGACCCACGGAUCUGCUGAAUGAAGGAAAAAAAGGCUUUUGUGUUAACAAUUCUGAACAAAAGCCUUCCAUUGAAGAGAACUACGUUCCAACUAAAGAACCAGCAGUAAAGUGUGGACGAGAAUUCCCAGCAGAAGCAGACUGGAAAAUAAAAACAGACGAUUUUCAGGAAAAUCUUGAUGACAAUGAAAGUAUCCGAUCUACUAAUUCUUUUAAGUGUCUUCAACCGAGGCCUAGUCCUUAUUUGUCAUUAGAAUUAACUCAAAGGUCACAGACUCUUCUAAAUGAAGGAGAGAAAGGUCCGCAUAAGAAGCAUCCUGAAGGGAAGAAAACUCCAUCAACUGAAAGAGAAGAUUCUCUUCCACUUGAGUCAUCAUUGUGGGAACAAGAAAUGGAACACCCAUCAGAAGUGGACACACAAGUGAAAGCAGAUGACAAUCUUAAAAAUCUUGAUGGAAGUGAAAGUUUUCAGUCAUCUGAUACCAUGCAAGAUCUUCCACUGUGCCACAUACGACCUUCAUCAAUACCCAUGGAUCUGCUAAAUGAAGGAGGAAAAGAAGCUGAAUUAAAAGAUGAAUUAAUGAAAAAUCAAAACCAUCUUGAGAGCACUACUCAUAUAUCUGAUAGCGUUAUGCAUCUUCCAUCCAGGCAUAUUCCUCAUUCAUCAACAGGAAUAAGUACAAGAGUCACAAAUCCUCCUAAGGCAGGAGAAGAAGAAGACUUACAUAUGAAACUGGAGGAAAAUCAAAUAAAUAUUGAUGGCAAUGAAAGCAUUCAAUCAUAUGAUAAUGUGAAGCACCUUCAACCAAGAGGAAUCCGUCAUUUACUGAUGGGGCUCAUUCCAAGAUCCAUGAAUAUUCUAAGUAGAAGAGGGAAAGGCUCUCACAAGAAAUGUGCUCCAUGUGAGAAUCCUAUUGAAAUGAAAGAGUUUGAUCCAAAUGCAAAAUUGGAAAGACAAGAAAUAAAAACAUUCACAUCAGUGAUGUUAGAAGAUGAUCAGAACCUGUGUGAUGGCAGCAAAAAUAACCAGCCAUUGGUUGAAGCAACCCUGAAGAAAUGGACAAGCCAGAAAACAGAAGAUGCGGCUCAAUUCUGUGACUGUGCGUUAGCUGCCACUGCUCAUGAUGUUUCUACUGCUUCUGUUGUUGCUGCUAUCGUUGCAGCAACUGUUGUUGCUGCAGCGGCUCCAGCCACUGCUGCUGCUGCUGCUUCUGCUGCUGUAGCUGCAGUUGUCGCUGCUGCGGCUCCUGCUGCUGCUGCGGUUGCUUCUGCCACUGCAGCUGUUGAUGCUCUUGCUGAUGUUUCUCCUGGGGCUGCACCUGACAGUUCUGCUAUACCUGUUGCUGCUGCGACUGCUGCGACUGCUGCUGCUGUUCCUGCUGCAGCUGCCGCCAGUGCCCCAGAUGCUGCUCCUGCUGUGGUUGCUGCUGCUGCUGCUGCGGCUGCUGCUGCUGUUGCAGUGACUUCGGUGGCUGCUGCUUCUCUCACUGCUGUUUCUGCUGCUUCUGUUGCUGCGGUGGUUGCUGUUGCUGUCACUGCCAGAGCUGGUUUGGAUGCUCCCACUGUUGCUCCUGCUUCUGCUGCUGUUGCUGCUGUUGCUGCUGCUACUGGUCCUGCGGCGGCUGCUGCUCUUGUGGCAUCUGUUGCUGCUGCUGCUGUUCCUCCUGCUGCUCCAGCGUUAGCUGCAGCCCCUUCUUCUGUUGCUGCUGCUACUGCGGCUGCUGCUGCAGUUGCUACUCAUGCUGCAGCUUCACCUGCUGUAGCCGCUGCUGCAGCUGCAGCUGCUGCUGUUGCUGUUGCUGUUCCCACAGAUGCUACGUCCGCUACUGCAGCUGUAGUUUCUUCUGACAUCCCUACUGCUGCACCCAUUGCUGUUUCUGUUGCUGCUGGUGGUGCUGCUGAUGCAAAAGGAAGACUCAGUCUACAAAGAAAGUAUGUGGAGGAGGAAAAGCAGCAAUAUCCUACCGAGGAAGCAGAGGAGCAUGAUGGGAUCAAAAAGACAACAUCUACAGAAAAAAAUCAGCCAGUAAAAGACAGACAUGAUCCUCAUGCGUUGACUCCGGUAACUGAAUCGUGCUCAGCAGAAUAUCUUGGUAGCCCCUUAAAAAGUACAGCUGCCUUUGAUUCAUAUAAAGAGUUAUUAGAGCUUAAAGAAGUCAAUGUUCAAAUACUCACAGAAAAAACUAAAGUGGAAAAUGAAUUAUUUGAAGUAAAAGAAGAGAACUCACAGUUAGAGAAAAAAAUUGUAAGAAAGAAUGAAAGAAUCUGUACUCUGAGAUCAAUCAUAAAAGAACAAGUGGAGAAAAAAAGAAAUAUAAUUUGUGCUUAUAAUGAGGUUGUGGAGGAACUGAGAGAAAAAGAAGAGAUGAUUCAGAGAAAAGGAGAACAAUAUAACAGACAAGUUACAGGGACACAAGAGCUUGAAAUAUGUCUGAAGACAAAAGAUGUGGAGUUGAAGCAGCUACAAAAAGAAGAACAUGCACAGAAGAUGGAAGAUCACCUACAAAUUUUGGAACUAGAAAUUACCUCACUAAUAGCAACAGUGAAGAAACAGAAGGAGGAAAUUGAACAUCUGCAGAGAGAUGUGCAAAACCAGCACAAAAUCCUGGCACAGAGUUCCAAUUUUACGGAGACAGCUGCUCGGGAAAAUCAGGACACGUGGAAUAACAACACUACGGUAAUAACAGAGAUGCAAAACUUAAUCAAAAGCUUGAAGUCUGAAGUCUCCAGUGUGAAAAUCUCCAAAGAGUUCAGCAAAAAAGAACUGGAAAAGUAUAAGCGAUUCUAUCUAGAAGAAAUAAGAAAUAAAAACUUCUUAUUACACGAACUAAACAGGACUAAUGAGAGUCGAGAACAAUCCCAUACAGAACUUCACAUGAAAUUUCAGCAAAACAUUUCUGCAUCAAAAACCCUGAAUACAAGGCUUGUUCAUGAGUGUUCUUGUGUGGAAAAAACUGAGAAACUGGAAAGCAAGGACUUCCUCCCUGGGGAAAACUUGGUGUUGCCUUCUUACAGCACAGAAUCAACUCAUGUCUGCAUGGAGCACUACCCAUGGACGUCUGAAGAUGACAUGAGAGACCUAAGCGAAGGACUCAGUGACGUAAAACAAUUUGUUCAACUUAGUGUGGAGACUCAGAAGAAAGAAGACGCUGAAGUAGGAAAAGAACGAGCUGGAAUUGGGAAAUCCUUUAAGAUGACAGAUCACAGACAUGAUAUUGGAGACUGUGGUUCUCAUGGGGAUUUUGAAACCUGCUCACUUGAAAUGAGUACUCCAGCUACAGUGCCAGGAUGCAUGGCACAAGCAACAGGUAAACCAUGCUCAGAAUUCUUAAAGGAGAGCUAUACAACUUCAACAAUCAAUGCAAUGGAAACCAAAAUUAGAAGCCUUAAGUCGACACUCUCUAAACUGAAAGUUAGCAGGGCAUUGCGGGUAUUAGAACUGGAACGCUAUAAGUACCUCUACUAUGAAGAAUUGAGCAUUAGAAAAUCAGUUCAAUAUUACUUAAACAAGAGUAAUGAAGAUUUAGAGACGAACAGAUCAGAGCUUUACAUGGGAACACAGCACAGCAGCUCUGCAGUAAAUGUACAAGGAAUUGGGCCUUUGACCGAGUGCUCUUCUACUGGCUGCUUUGACAGCUUUCCAGGACCCGGAAAAAAGUCUCCUUCUGAGAGAAAACCAGACAGCAUCUUCCACAGACUCUCAACCAUCAACAAGUGGCCUGAAAGAUCGCCUGAAAAUGAUACAACAGGCGUCCCAAUAGAAUUAUGGAGAAGCAAAUAAAGCAAGGAAGACAAUCAACAAGAUUUCUGUUGACAGAUAUUAAACAAUUUGAAACAAUUGGAACAGUUUCUAAAUCAAAUAAAAAUAUGAAUUAUCUACUUUAAGUACCCCCCCAACGCCAUGUAUGUUUGUGUGUAUGCAAGUGUCUGUCUGCAUGUCUUUUUUUUAAUCAUCUGUAUCUAUGCCAUAUAACACUACAUGUGUGCUGAAUUAUUCGUAUUUGUGACCCAGCUUAGGUAAGCAUUCUCCUAUACUGUAUCCUUGCCAUUUCAGUGAUAUUUUACAGCAGAAAUGUGUGAUAAACAAUAGCUAGACCUGGCUUGCAACAACACUCAGGGAGCUGCAUUUAUUUAGUUGGCAGCAUUCAUACAAGGAAUAGAACUGAUUGAAUCUACCUUUAACCAUAUUUUAAAUAAUAAGAAAUUAGAGGAUACAUUAAGGACCACUAUCCUUCUGAAAUCAAGUAAAAGGUUUAAAUAUCAGAUAAAUACACAGAAGCCUCCUGAAGUGGGGACCUAGUAGUGACAACAUAGGAAAGGCAUAUUCUACAGACAUAUCAAAUGGAUGUAGUUUGGAAAAAAAAUCUUUUAAAUUAAGUAUUAUUUUAAGUAAAUAUUUUAAAUACAUUGAAUAUAUUUCACAAAUAUUGAAAUGUAAGGGUUACUUUUAUCAAAUGCUCAUUUAAAAUCUAUUUUAUAUCCUACUUUAAAUAAUCAUAUUUCAAUACUGAAAGAUUUUAUAUAUCAUAUCUUAGACAUGGUUCAUAGAACUUAAGUGGAUGGAUGAAAAUCUAUGAUGGGUAAAGUAGAAGAAACAAAGAAAGUAGAUAUGGCAGUACACACACCAAAAGGAGCAAAAUUAAAUAAUCUUUCCAAAAUUGUGUAUUUUCAAUAUAGCACAAUUAAAUAUACACCAACUGCUUCAUUAAAUAUUACAGAAUUAUAUAACCAAGUUGGUAAAGACAGUGGUAUUUCUUUGGUAAAAAAUAAAUUUCAAAUUUCACUGUA